AUGCUGUGUUCAUGGCAAUGUGUCUCUGUUGAUCUCAAUCCACAAGACAAGGCUUCCCUGUUACUGAUUCGUUCGUGGAUUGAUGACCCAAACCAUGCAUUCUCAAGCUGGGUUGGUGCUGACUGCACAAAUUGGACUGGGAUUGCCUGCCACAACCACACAGGCCGAGUUAUCUCAAUAGAUUUCACCACCAUGAAUCUUUCAGGUCGAGUUCAUCCCAGUAUGUGCAAGCUUGCCCAUCUCGAGUCCUUGAUUCUUUCCAAGAACAGCCUUUUUGGUCAAGUCCCGGCAUGCUUUGGUUGGUUGAAGAACCUCAGAACCCUUGACCUGAGCCACAACAAAUUCCAUGGUGUCUUGCCUGAUAGUCUCAUGAGGCUUGGUCAGUUGAGUGAACUUAUACUGCGUGGUAACCAGGAUCUGGGUGGGGCUAUUCCGUCUUGGCUUGGCAAUUUCUCAACCAGUUUGGAAAAACUGGAUUUGGGUUUCAAUUCAUUCCAUGGUGAAAUGCCUGGUAGCUUGUUUCAGUCCAGGUCGUUGAAGUACUUGGAUUUCGAAAGCAACCAUUUAUCAGGUACCAUUGGUGAGUUCUCUCAGCCUUUGGUGUUCCUCAAUCUUGGGUCUAAUUUGUUUUCGGGUACGUUACCAUGUUACUCUGCCGCUGCUCGAUCCCUCAAGGUUCUGAAUCUGGCUAACAAUUCAAUUGUUGGAGGAAUUCCUACGUGCAUUGCUUCACUGGCUGAAUUGACUCAUCUCAAUUUAUCACUUAACCAUUUGAACUAUGCUAUAUCCCCUCGACUCAUCUUCUCUGAGAAGCUUCUUGUGCUGGACUUGAGCUUCAACAAUCUCCUUGGCCCGCUUCCAGCUAAGAUUGCUGCAACGACGGAGAAAUCAGGGCUUGUUCUUCUUGACCUAUCGCACAACCGUUUCACUGGCUCUAUCCCAUUGAAGAUGACAGAGCUGAAAAGCCUGCAGGCUUUGUUUCUCUCUCACAACUUGCUUACUGGUGAAAUCCCUGCAAGGGUUGGAAAUUUGACCUACCUUCAGGUAAUAGAUCUCUCACACAACGCAUUGUCAGGUUCAAUACCUUUGACAAUUGUGGGGUGCUUUCAACUGCUUGCCCUGGUGCUUAACAAUAACAACCUCUCUGGCGAGAUUCAACCCGAGCUAGAUGCAUUGGACAGCUUGAAGAUUCUCGAUAUAAGCAACAACAGGAUCUCAGGUGAGAUUCCUUUGACUUUAGCUGGGUGCAAGUCCCUCGAGGUCGUGGAUUUUGGUUCCAACAAUCUCUCCGGGAACAUCAAUGAUGCCAUUACCAAAUGGCUUAAUCUCAAGUAUAUCUCCCUUUCUCGGAACAAGUUCACCGGAAAUCUACCUAGUUGGUUGUUCUCUUUUCAAGCAAUCCAAAUGAUGGACUUGUCAGGGAACAAGUUCUCCGGCUUUAUACCAGAUGGUAACUUGAACGUGAGUGUUGAUUUCAACAAUGCAAGCUACAAUGAAACGAGACUUCCAUUGGAAUCACUUGAGAUACAAAUAUCUGUAGCUGUUGUUGGUAUCAACGAGUUAACCUUCAGUUACCAACUGCCGUCAACAGUUGGUAUUGAUCUAUCUGAUAACUUGCUACGCGGGGAGAUUCCAGACACCAUGUUCGGACUACGAGGAUUGGAGUACCUGAACUUAUCCUAUAAUUCUCUCGAUGGAGAGAUUCCGAAUCUGGAGAAAAUGUGGAGUUUGAGAGCUCUUGAUCUGUCACACAAUGCUCUAUCUGGGGAGAUUCCGCAGAACAUCUCAAAUCUUCAAGAUCUUGCGGUUCUGAACUUGUCAUUCAACAGUUUUUCUGGGUCCGUACCGAAGAAUGAGAGUUACAAGAGGUUCCCGGGAGCAUUUGCUGGGAACCCUCAUCUGUGCUUGGAGGGGGAAGGAUGUGAUGAUGAUGCAAAGCAGCUGGCGAUUCCUGGAAGGCCUUUUCAUGAAACGGAUGAUGAAGGGCCGAUAUUGGCAUGGGUGUUCUGCUUGAGUGCUGUAGUUAGUUGCUAUUCUAGUCUCAUGGUUCUGUUCUGUUCGUCGAAAACCAGAAGGUACAUCUUCCACACGAAAGGUUCGUGCUGUGUUUGCAAGUAA